GCCUAAUCUGCCUCACGAUUUCGUCAUAGUUGUCUUAGACGGAGCUAAGCUCUAAAGUCCGUAAUCGCCAGAUAUGUAUCUCCACUAGAAUAGUGGUUUUAGUUUCUAGAUACGGUAAUUAAUUAAGUCCGGGAGUCUACACAUUCUUUAGAAAGGGAAUCUUUAGGACGGAAUACUCUUGUAUAAGGCUAAGAGCUAGUUCGUGGUCAAAUUCCUCUUGACGGCCAUUGAGCACCAUCCUUUGAUCACGCCGCCCCAGUUCAACCUAAAACUGACUACUACCACCAGCAAACUGAUAAACCACCAAGCUGCUUGAAGAAAAAUCUCUCAAGGCAAUAAUAACCUCAGAGCCCACCGCCACCACCAUGUCUGCCGCAAUCCGCGAGUCCUCCGGAUCGGCAGGUGUCGUUUCCUUCGUCAAACAUCAGGCGAAGCCAUAUCCAGCCGUCGAUCCCCUCCAGGCCGACCUGUCGGGCACGACAGUCGUCAUCACCGGCGCGUCCAAGGGCUGCGGCCGCGAGGCGGCCAUAGCCUUCGCCCAGUCGGGCGCCAGCAACAUCGUCGUUACUGCGCGCUCAGACCUGUCGGGCGUGGUGGCGGACAUAAAGAAGGCGGCCCGUGAGGCCGGACGCAAGGCGGAGCCCAACGUGCUCGACGGGAGCGGCGUAGACAUCACCUCUGCCAAGGACGUUGAGGGCCUCGCCAAGAGAGUAGCUGAGAAGUUCAAUGCCGUCGACCUGCUCAUCAACAAUGCCGGGUUCCUGUCCACGUGGGCACCCCUAGCCGAGACCGACCCGGACGAGUGGUGGACCAACUGGGAGGUCAACAUCAAGGGGGCGUACCUGCUCACCCGAUAUUUUAUUCCACUUGUGCUGAAAUCGCACCUCAAGACGGUCCUCAACAUCACCAGCAUCGGGGCCGUCAACCUCGGCGCCGGUGCCAGCGGGUACCAGACCACCAAAUUUGCCUUGUGCCGGCUCACCGAGCAUAUUGCUGCCGACUAUGCGGACCAAGGGCUGAUCUGUGUGGCCGCGCAUCCCGGAUCAUAUCUCACGAACAUGGGCAAGAGGUUGCCCGUGCACCUGCAUGAAUAUCUCACGGACGAUGUUGUGGUGGCCGGGCAGUGGAUGGCGUGGUUUGCGCGGGAGAGGAGGGAGUGGCUCCAGGCGAGAUAUGUGUCGGCGGUAUGGGAUGUGACGGAGCUUGAGGCCCGCAAGGACGAGAUUGUUGAGGGGAAUAAGCUUAAGUUUAGAAUGGUGAUCUAGGAUCGUGUUGUUGCCGCAAGCAAAAUGACUGCAGGUUUAGAGGAGAAUAGUGGAAGAGAAUGUCGACCGCUCAGCAAUAGCAGGCAGAUAAGGUAAAUAACGAGGAGUUCACAGAUCGUAGUUUCCACUUCCUAGACUACAUUCUCUACAUCUCACUCCUAUGGAAUUUUAUUUUGGCUACAGGACAAAAUCUAGCUCUAUACUAUAUAGAACAAACAGUGUCCCUCCUACUUCUUAAUAGUUAAGAAUAGCCUGAAGGUCUAGAGUUACCUAUGGAAAUUGCC